CAGAGAUCGGCCAGCACAACUCAGUUGCUAAUCAAGACUGGAGGUUGGUUAGUGUCACGCUUGGGAUUUAACUGUAUCUUGAAUCUUGCAAACACAGCGCACCUAUUCGUUUCAUUCGUCAUACGGAAGUGAGAAGGCUUCUUUGAAGUUAUGUUCCCCUCCCUGUUCAUGGCGGCGCUGGUCGCCACGAGUGUCACUGCCGUGUCUGAUCCAAGUUCGUUCAACUGCGACCCCCCGAGAUCGGCGCCCAGCUCAGUGUGCUACGUACCGGAUUGUACACGCAGGAUCGCUCACCACAUCCAGGAGGAGUUGAACGCUGCCUUCUCCUACCUCUACAUGGCCGCGCAUUUCGACGACGACCGCAUCGCCCGCCAUGGCCUGGCCAAGUUCCUGUACGAGUCCGCCAGCGAGGAGCGCCAGCACGCGAUCCUCAUGCUCGAGUACCUGAACAAGAGAGGCGUGCUCUUCAACGAGACGUACAACCUCAAAACCUCCGAUAAUGAGGUAUUUCUCCCAGCAUCAUGUAACGAAUAUCGUUCGUUGACAAUACCUAUCAAGACUAUUAAAUUUUUGUCCCAACAUCAGGUUACGAACAGCAUUUAUAAGAUCGUGGAGGCCUGUGGCCUGGACUUCCACGCUGCAGACGUGUUCACGGAUCCCAUUUUGGACGAGCAGCACGAAGGCAUCCGCAAAUUGCAGGGCGCGAUACGCACCUUCAAGGAUAUGACGGACGGACACACACACACCUCCGCCGGGGCGAUGGCUGAGUUUAUGUUCGACCAGAAAAUUCUCGCCAAUGGUCUUUGAGUUUGGUCAUUUCAUUUGGUUGAGAGGUCAUUUCUAAACCUGAGACAGGUUUUUUCGAAAAUAAUUUGUAUCCAUGGCAACUUCGGUUGUUUGGCUUAUUUCAAAAGUAGAAUAUGAUCAUCACAUCACAAACCAUUCUCGAAUUUAUUUCGUUCUUUAAAUUUUCAGGUGAUUUUCUGCAAUUUAAUCAGUUUCAUUUUUAAUU